UCCUCUCGCACCACCCAGGUGCUGAGAGAGAGCAGCGCUACUCGCUGUGCUGCCAUGCCCCAUGAUACAUGAACUGUACUCCAGAAUCUUGUGUUUGGAUCCAAAUCUCUCCUCCUCUUGAUGUCAUCAACUCUGCAAUAUACACACUUUUUGGAGAAAAGCUUCUGCUAAAUCAAUAAAUGUAAAUGUUAAGAGUUUAAACAUUUCUGUUGAGGUUAAGAAGCUGCAGUCAUUUGCCAGUUAUCGCCACAUUUUCGAUAAGCUCACACACAGAGACACAGACAAAAACAUACACUGUAUAACAGUGAACAGUGUGAAUGACUCACACCGCUUUUCUCUGAGCUCUUUUCGUUUUUGCCAGUGACUGUCCAUCAUGCUAGUCUUUCACCAAUACCAUCGCUGUUCAGAUUGUGUGCUCUUCUCACACACACCGAGCACAGGUGGACAGUCACAUUGGCUUUAAUUAGGUUUUUGUUAAUGUUGCGAAAACUAGUCAUUUUACAGGUUCCGCGCAUCUUCUGUGACGUCAUCACAGCGCGCGUCCUCACGGAACCACACGUGGUGCGCGCUCCCGCGAUACACUUUUCCAUUGGAAGCAGAAGAGCGAGGCCCAAGGCCUCAUGGAGGUGACGCACUCGAUCCGCGAGCGCACCAUCGCCGAGAACAGCCUGCUCGUGCUACUGCAGGGCCUGCAGGGCCACGUCACCACGGUGGAGCUGCGCGAGGAGAGCACGGCGCGCGGCCGUUUGCUCAACGUGGACGCCUUCAUGAACAUCCGCUUGGCUGACGUGGACUUCCGGGACCGGCGGGGACGCCUCCACCGCUUGACCGACCUCUUCGUCACGGGCAGGAACGUUCGCUACGUGCAGAUCCCGGAGCAGGUGGACAUCAUUGACACCAUAGAGAGGCAGCUGCGGAAGAUCCACCGCGUGCGCAGUUUCGCCAGUGAGCACGGGGGCAGGAGGGAGUUCGCCAAGAAGAAGAGCUGAGGCACUCUCUCUCUCUCUCUCUCUCACGGGAAAGAGAGAGAGAGAGAGACGUUCCGCAUGUAUAAAUUACAUUGAUUUCUCGUCGCGUGCUCUGCACGCGCUUCUCCUCCAGAAACGCGGGAACUAAAAGAAGUCAGUUGUGGCCGGAGACUCGUCGCUCACCCCGUUUUUGCUUCCUUUUGUAAAAAGACAGCUUGAAUGAAAUCACGAAUAAACUUACGUUCUGUAAAUUAAAAAAAAUGCGCAUAAUAAAACAAUCGCUGAAAGACAGACUGAAGCUGUAAGAACAUUUUUUUCGUGCUUCUCCUCUCUUGAUGAAACAAGUUUGACCUUUUCUAUUCUUUCUUCACUAAGGUUCCUUUUCAUCUAAUGGAAGGUUUUGUUUGAAGUGCCGAAUAAGCGGUGAAAGUGCAGUAACGUGGGAAAAGAAGGGCAGCUGACGUGUUACAUUGUAUCGCUGUUGUUACGGUAGAAAUCGCUCAGAGUUCAUUCAUGUUCCUUUGUGUGAAUUUUCGCCUAACUGUAAUAAAAUGUACUCUUUCGGUUAGAUUGCAUUACACUGUAAUAAAAUAUUGUUUCAGUUAAAUGUAGCGCUCCACGUCGUGCGAUGCAUCCUAAACGCUAACUGCGGUUUUGCCGCACUCGACUCGUGGAAAAUAUAUAUAUUGUAGCAACACUCAUUCUUUUUGUG